CCCUGCACCAAAUGAAGAAUUGAGAUUUUCCUUGUCACUCCUUUGUUGGUAAUGAUUUAAACAAACACUUUUUAUCAUCUUUUACAGUCGUGGUCAGAUGAAGUGAUAACAGAGCUUUUGCUUUCCUGGUUUUCUUUCUACAUGAGGUGGGCCCAAGGUGGGAUGGGCGGGAAAAGCAGUUUGGCAAGGCUUCUUUUUGGAUGUUUAGGGGAGGAACAUAAAGUGGGACAAGGGAGUGCUGAAGGUCAUUGGAAGAGGAACAGGCAAAGGCAAAGUUGAGGGGCAAAGUCCUGAAAAAGGCCUCUGUGACCAAGGGGUUCUCCAUGUCUCUCCAUGACAAGGGGUGGCCAUGCCUACCAGGCCUUUAUGACCCACGCUCGCAUCGUGCCCAAAUGCCAUUGUGACACGGAUGCCUGCGGUGACGUGGAGGAAUCUUACAGGGACAAAGCCCUCACGUUGUCACUCCCAGGAGAGCAGUGCUCUGAGGAGGCAGCAGCUCUCUCACGAGGCAGCAGCUUCUCUGGAGGAAGCAGCUCUCUGGGUGCCCUUGGCCAGUGUUCGUCAGAGCACUGCCAAGAUGUCAGAUAGGCAGGAGGUGAACGCCCAAUGCAAAUCCCGUGAGGGGCAGCCGUUGCUGUCCAAGCGGCAACAGGUGCCUCAGAGGCCGCCGCAGGCAGCAGCAGAGGUCACAUGGGUGACCAUCGUGCCCCUCCACGGGGACAGACAGGUCCAGAGACAGGACACCUCAUCCCGACCCACAGGACGGGGAUCACAGGAGGAAAUCCUGGAGGGCCGGUAUUUGCUGCCCCACAGCGGCACAGUCACACAGUCACCAAGAUUGUCUGUGUCAGACUUGCCGCCUCUCCAUGGCCCUCCAUUGCCAGUGACACCUCCAUGCCGAGAGCCAAAGCCAAGAGCAGCCUCGGCAAGGGUCAAGCUGCCCCCUCUGCCAGCAGCCCCAGCAGCCUCUGGGGCUUAUCCCAGAGGCAGAGCAUGGUCCAUGGGCCCUGUGGCCAGCAGCUACCGAGAGCUUGUGCCACCUUCUCUGUGGGGCACUGUGGCUGCUCACAGGGCCCAGGGAACACCUUCGCCAGACAGCUCAGCUGAAAGGCUCUGGCGAGGGUCAGCGGCAAGGCAGGGCCCAACAGGGACCCAGCCUGCCUGGAAACACUUGGGGCACAGCAAGACGGAGGAGCUUGCUGAGGUGCAGGAAGAGCACAGUGUCAAAUCAUCCCGAGACUUGUUUAGAGGCCUUGCCCUGUGCCUGUGUAAAGACACAUCUGUUGUGUCCAGCUGCAUACAGGAGCAGUCAAGUGUCCUCCAAGAGGUGGAUCCACAGCCCCAGGUGCUGGCCAGCACACUUAGCUUGACUGAAGGCUCCAUGGGAGAGAUGGGAAACUCCUCGGACCUUCUGUCCCCUGGCCCAGUUGCAGAGCUCUUCUCUGGCUCAGACAACUUGCAGCUCAAGGACACUUUGGUAAAGGAGCCAGAGGAGAUGUGGGAAGAGGAAGAGCUCCCAGACACAGAGACUUCAGGGGAUAGGGACAGCGACCCAUGGAGCAUGACACUUCCCCCAUUGAAAGUGAAAAAGGCAGAAGCAGCAGCUUCUGGGUGCCCUUGGCCAGUGAGAGAGCCCUGGGAUGAGGGACCCAGUGAUCUUUUCCCCACCUCAGAGCCUGAGGAAACCUCACGCUUCUCAGCUUCGCCUUCAUCUGAAGGCUACGGUGAGGAGAGGGGAAUUCAUCAGUCAGCAGAGCACAGCACCCACAGCAAGCUGCUGUGCACGAAGACUGAGGAUGUUUCGAAGCACCUUCUGCAUAUCGAGGCAGAGGAGCUGGAGAAGUUGGAGGAAGACAUCCUCUCCUCCUUGGAUCAAGAAAGCUCCUCGGUGCCUCACAGCCUUUGCGGCUGGAGCAAAGACUGCGCAGGAGAGACCGAAAACUACGCACAGCUCAUGCCCCCUGACCUGUUUGCAGAGCUGUGGUCUCUCUUUAACAACAGGGACGUGCCAUCCUGGGGCACUCGUUCAGAUGACUUACUGGGAAAGUGGGAAGAAGAAGAGGUCCCUGACAGAGAUGCUGCAGGAGAGGGGGACAGUGAGCCAGAGAGUGCAUUGUGUCCCCCCCUGCAAGACAAAGAAGCAGGGCCAGCAGCUUCUCCCCUGGGCAGUGAUGCCUUUGAUGAGGGGCAUAUCCAGCUUCUCCUGAUGGCACCACCUGAAGAGGCAAAGAUGUUGGCUUGCGUCUUGCCUGCCAAUGCCAUGGAGGAGGCCAAUGCAGCAUGCAUGGAUGCUGUCUGUUCCCAGGACAGACUUGCCCAGGAAAAUGCCUGUGGGGCUGGGGAGACAGCAGAGCCUUGCCCAGUGCCUGCCCAGCCCCUGGCAUGCAGUGUUCCUUCCUCCCCCACUGACAUGACCUCUGUCCCACAGCCUCCGGCCCCACAGCGAUGGCGCUCCAUCAUCAGGACGGCCCGGCGGGCACUGAGACGGCUUUUCUCCUUCAGCUGCCUCAGGGGGCAGCGAGAGGAGUGAGCCCAGAGCCAGCACCAGGGAAAUCCCAAGAGAUGGCCGCUCACCCUCACACAGCUCCCAGGGGGAACCGCAGCUCCCAGAGGCAGCGGCACAGGGAGGCAUCCUCCUUUCCUAUGGCAAGUGGGAAAUUUCCUCCCUGGAUCCCCACAAUAUGGACUGGAGAAAAGGGCUUACCCCAGAAGAGUGAUCUGCCACCUCUGCCUCCAAAAGAGUCACUAGGACUGUUCACCAUCAGAAAGUGUGGGGUGACGAAGGACUGAUGGCUCUGGAACCAAGUUAAUGUCUGUCUUCUGCUUGAUGCCGCUAUUCCUUCCCUCUCCUACACCCAAUGUUCUUUCCCACUCUCUCUUUUUCAUUGUUCUCUUUUCUAUUCCUUUCUAUCUCUCUACUUCACAUUUAUUGUUAAGUAAAAUCACAUUUGUUGACUUUUA